CAAACAUGGGGACAAUUUAUCUUUUCCGGAAGACACAACGAUCUCUGUUGGGCAAGUUAACACAAGAAUUUCGGCUUGUAACAGCAGACCGAAGAUCAUGGAAGAUCUUGCUGUUUGGUGCAAUUAAUGUAGUAUGCACGGGAUUCCUGCUCACAUGGUGCAGCUCUACAAACAGUAUGGCUUUAACAGCCUAUACCUACCUGACUAUAUUUGAUCUUUUCAGUUUAAUCACAAGUUUGAUAAGUUAUUGGGUGAUGAUGAAGAAGCCUAGCCCAACAUAUUCUUUUGGGUUUGAAAGGUUAGAAGUAUUGGCUGUCUUUGCAUCUACAGUGCUGGCCCAACUAGGCGCUCUCUUUAUUCUCAAAGAAAGCGCAGAGCGGUUUUUGGAACAGCCAGAGAUCCACACGGGUCGGCUACUUGUGGGAACAUUUGUAGCCCUAUUUUUCAACUUGUUUACCAUGCUGUCCAUUAGAAAUAAACCAUUUGCCUAUGUCUCAGAAGCUGCAAGCACUAGUUGGCUCCAGGAACAUGUUGCAGAUCUGAGCCGAAGUUUAUGUGGGGUCAUCCCAGGUCUCAGCAGUAUUUUCCUCCCUCGAAUGAAUCCAUUUGUGUUGAUUGACAUUGCUGGUGCUCUAGCUCUCUGCAUAACAUAUAUGCUAAUUGAAAUAAAUAACUACUUUGCUGUGGACACUGCAUCUGCCAUUGCUAUAGCUGUGAUGACAUUCGGAACCAUGUAUCCAAUGAGUGUGUAUAGUGGUAAAGUUCUUCUGCAGACAACACCACCUCAUGUGAUUGGGCAACUCGAUAAACUUCUUAGAGAGGUUUCCACUCUGGAUGGUGUUCUAGAAGUUCGUAAUGAGCAUUUUUGGACACUGGGUUUUGGGACUAUGGCUGGGUCAGUGCACGUGCGAAUUAGAAGAGAUGCCAAUGAACAGAUGGUAUUGGCACAUGUAACAAAUCGCCUUAGCACCUUGGUUUCAACACCAACUGUUCAGAUUUUCAAGGAUGAUUGGGCAAGACCUGUGUUAGCCUCUGGCACCAUGCCACCCAACAUGUUGAACAUUCCAGAACAUCAUGUCAUUCAGAUGCCCUCUUUGAAGUCCACAGUUGAUGAGUUAAAUCCAAUGACCUCCACACCAUCCAAGCCUAGCGGCCCACCUCCAGAGUUUGCUUUUAAUACACCUGGCAAAAAUAUGAACCCAGUUAUACUUUCAAACAACCAGACAAGACCAUUUGGUGUAGGUUAUGGGACCACACCAUAUACCACUACAUUUAAUCAAGGACCCGGGGUGCCAGGUGUUGGCAACACACAGGGUUUACGAACUGGCCUUACAAAUGUGGCCAACAGAUAUGGAACAUAUACUCCAGGACAAUUCACCCAGUUUAGGCAAUGACAAUAUCUGCUUUUAAUAAAUUUAUAUUUUGGUCACUUUUGCUGUUCCUCUAAUUCUUUGUCCAUCAGUUAUAUCAUAUAAUAAAGGAAGUCAAAGUGAGUUUGUGCUAAAAGACUGAUGGAGUCGAUGGACUAAUGGAGUUGAUGCUCGGAUUUCUUCUGAAUAUGCCAUUCUAAGACCUCAAGAAGGAGUUUUUUUAAAUAAAUUAAGGACUGACCUUUAUGUUCCUAAAUCUGUAAAAUGGGUAUGAAUUGGCUAUUAAUGGAUGAAAAGCAGAAAUGUGCGUGCUACCUUUCAGGCAUUACACCUUUAAAGCUGAGCUAGGUUUGUUUUGGAAUUGAAUAUCAAGGUAUUUAUGAGAUGUAUCAUCUUACAUUGAGAGUUAUGAACGAUUGUAUUACACUUAUUCCUGCUAUUUUGGGUAUAUUCUUCAAUGUAAACAUUUUUUCCUUUUUUUUUUAAGCUGUACAUUUUAAUUAUUUUAAAAACUUUGAUUUGCUUUUUCCAUUUUAGUGAUUCUUUAAAGGGAAAAUAUCACUGAGAAAUUAAAUUGAAUUUACUUUGCUAUUAAAA